GCAAGUAUCACCAACGUGACCAAAGGUAAGCUUAGAGACUGCUUUAAGUGGCAGAUUAAUGAGCAUUAGUAGUAACGAGAUGCUGCGGCCGCUUUAAACCGAAACGGACUCGGUUUUCGUGCGUAUGAGAAGUUCACUCAUCAGCUGGAGGGCUCUGUAUUUCGUAACUGACCUACUUCAACAAGACCAAAACAAGAUAGUUAAACAGUUGAACUGAGGGCUUCCAGCCGGUUCAACGGAGCGUCCGCUGAGUGUAGCACCUGUCCAGGUAUCAGAAGUCACUUGGGCUGCAGCAGCGGGGACCAUGGCAGGAGGAAUGGAGCUCGGCACGGUGUCCAGGGGAUUCCGGAGCAUGUUUUUCAUGCUCACACCCAAUGAAUCAUCUUUUCAGAAAGUGGAAGAUGUCCCCCAGUAUGUGGAGCAGGCCACUCCUUUCUUCAUAGGACUGAUGGUGUUGGAGCUGUUGGUGGGCGUGCUGAAGACAGGGGGCUCGGUGGUCACCAUCAGUGAUGGACUCACCUCCAUAUCUGCUGGAAUGGUCUCCAGACUCCCAAUGCUACUGAUGAGAGGCUGUGAGCUGUCUACUUACAUGUAUGUUUGGGACCACUACCACCUGGUGGAGCUGCCCUGGGACUCUGCCUGGACCUGGUGGCUCACCUUCCUGGGAGUGGACUUCUGCUACUACUGGGUCCAUCGGUUUGCUCACGAGGUGGCCGUGCUUUGGGCUGCUCAUCAGGUUCACCACAGUUCUGAGUACUACAACCUCUCGACAGCUCUCCGACAGUCCCUCACGCAGCAGUUCACAUCAUGGAUUUUCUACAUUCCCUUGGCUCUGGCUGUACCUCCAUCCAUCUUUGCUGUUCACAUACAGUUAAACCUGCUGUACCAGUUCUGGAUCCACACAGAGUUGAUCAGAGACCUGGGACCUCUAGAGUGGAUCUUUAACACCCCAAAACAUCACAGAGUUCAUCAUGGGAGAAACCUUUAUUGCAUUGACAAGAACUACGCUGGAAUUCUGAUCAUUUGGGACAGAAUAUUUGGCACCUUUGCUUCAGAGACAGAUAAAGUGAUAUAUGGCCUGGUCUACCCUAUCAGGAGAUUUGAAAUCCUCCACGUUCAGUUCCACUACUAUUUAUAUUUGUGGAAAAAGUCCAAAACUUACAAAACAAUCAUCCACAAAUUGGCAACUUUCUUCAAUGGUCCAAGUUGGAAACCUGGUAAAUCCCGACUGGGCGACCACAUCGACAAUCCCAAGGUUACCGGAAAGGAAGUGCCUCAUGAUCCCAGUUGGUCGAUGCCUUUACAAGUUUAUGUGGUCAUACAUUUCCUGCUGGUUUUGGGGACUUACCAUGAAUUGAUUGAAAACAAGAUGAUGCUGUCCCAGUUAACCGUACUGGGGAUGACCUGCUACAUUCUGCUCACCCUCACCUCCCUGGGCUUCAUCAUCGACCAGAGGCCAAGAGCAGCUUUAUUGGAGAUGCUUCGCUGUGUCACCAUGGUGGCAAUGCAUAGGUACAGCUACAUAAAGCCCUUCCUGCCUGUGCUGGCUGUGCCCACAGAGGCCUUUGUCUCCCUCUCUCUGCUGUACUGGGCUCUGCAGAGCUGCUCUCAGCUGCUCAGCAUCAAGAGGAAGGCAGCCUGAUCCAAAUCAAGAUGACAUGAAGCCAUGGGUGAAAGUAUGAACUUUGGGAAUCGUCAGUGUUGGAAUAAUUCCCUAGUAACAUGUUUUUAAUCACUUUAAACACUGUGUUCAGCUUUAUCUCAACAAACAAAAUGGAUUUAGCCUCUGCUUGAUUCAUGUUUAACUUAUGUAAAAGUAGCUUUUUACAGCCUGUUUAUAACUAAAGCUUUGUCUCGUAAAUUAGCCACUAACCCAGAUAAGGCACGGUGCUCACUAUUUUUUAUCAUAUGAGAUUUAUUCUGGUAACUGUUUCUCUUUCAGAGAAUCUUCUAUGCUUUUGUUUAAAAUGGCAGUGCUAUCGGUGGUGCUACAUUGCACACUGAUCCUUCACAUUGUUUAUUAUUUCACAUGCAGCUAUAUACCACUAACAAAACAAGUGCUGUUCCGAAUUGAUGCCUGCUACUUUCAUUUUUGAAUUGCAAUAUUGCACAUCAGUCAUCUGUUUAUCCAUUCCUAGUUGCAAUAAACUGUUGUAAUCUUG